AACAUAUGUUAACAUGCGUUAAUUUUUUCAUACACUUCAGUAAGGGUGAAGAUGUUAGUGAAAACGGCUAUACUUCUAACUGCUUUAGCCAUUAAUUUGGCUUCAGCGGGAUUCAUACAGCCAGAUUUCAUUGAAAAUGUAAAUAAAAAAGGCGGUGACUCCCGCAUCGUGUCGGGUUGGGAGGCGCGUCCCGGGGAACACCCGCACCAUGCCUCGCUGCGGAUGGUGUUCAGGCUGGGCAUCGUGAACGCAUGCGGCGGCUCCAUUGUGCAUCGCAACUGGCUUAUUACCGCCGCUCACUGCACUGCUGGUGCUGUGACCCUGGUAGUCCGCGCUGGCGUCACCGACUUGACACGUCCCGAGUACAUUUCGGAGACUGGAGAGUGGUACAACCAUCCCUCGUACAACGACCUGUUGCCGACGCAAGUGCAGCCCAAUGACAUCAGUAUCGCCAGACUGCCUAACCCUGUUACAUAUUCUGCUAAUUUGCGCGCUAUUCGCAUCCAGCCAGCAGCCGAUGCAUACAGGAACUACGAGGGCGAGGUUCUCUACGCCAGCGGACACGGCAGGACUUGGACUGAGGGAACUAGUCCUGAAGUAUUGAACUGGGUAUAUCUCCGCGGCGUCUCGAACCCGUCCUGUUCGUCCACUUUCGGUUCAAUUGUCACCUCCACCACGAUCUGCGCUCGCUUCUUCAACGUCACUUCGCAGUCCAUCUGUCAGGGCGACAGCGGCGGGCCGCUGGUGCACCGCGGGGCUGACGAGGUGCCCUAUCUCAUCGGUGUCAGCUCCUUCGUAGCUCAGGUGCCUUGGGGCUGCCACUCGGGACUUCCUGGAGGUUUCGCACGAACUGGGCCCUUCCACAGCUGGUUUACAGAUGUUACUCAAAUCGACUUUGAUAAUCUGGUAGAGGAAGAACCUACAACAACUACCACCACCACGACAACGACUACAACGACUACAACGACUACAACGACCACAACCACUCCUGCGCCCACAACCACAACAACCACCACCACAACGCCGGCGCCUACAACCACAACAUCUGCCCCGACAACACCUAACACAACUAUCGCUCCUACAACCACUAGCUUAGCACCAAACACCACAACAUCAACCACAGUGACCACACCUAGCCCAUCUACCACCACUAGUGCUCCCUCCACGACGCCAUCGCCCACCGAGGAACCAGAGGAAGAGGAUUCAGAUUCAGACUCCGAAGAAGAUCCAGAUCUCGCGGAGCUCGCUAAGAAGUUAGAGGUCAAGGUCAAAGUGAAGGUCAAACUGCAGAAGAACAAGAAGAAGCACAAGCACCAGCACGAACACGAACAUAAAAUCAGAUUUUAAUCGUCUUGUACCAGAAAGUAAAUAG